CUAGCAAAAGCCGUUGGCUGCAACCACUGGCUGAGGUGAAGGAGGCUGAGGCAAAGGAGCCUGAGGUGAAGGCCAAAGCCUCCGCUGGCUGUGCUGUUCACACCCGAGCCUGAUUUGGAAGUAUUUCGUGGAAGUGGAAAGCCCUCUGAGAAGAAGUAGAACCGGGGCCGAGAGCGGAGGAGGACCAGAAGCAUCAGGUUAGAAUUGUUGAAAGAAUCCUGACUCACUCUCACGAUGACUACUGCUCAGCUCGCUCACAACACCAGAACACUAGAAGCAUCUAAGAGCACAAUUUUCCCAGCCCUAAUCACUAAUGAACAUGAGUCACUGAUAAUGGUGAAGAAACUUUUUGCUACUUCCAUUUCAUGUAUAACAUAUUUGAGGGGCCUGUUCCCAGAGAGCUCUUAUAGAGAUCGGCAUUUGGAUGACCUCAGUUUAAAAAUUCUCCGGGAAGACAAAAAGUGCCCUGGGUCAUUACAUAUUAUUAAAUGGAUUCAAGGUUGUUUUGAUGCUUUGGAGAAGAGAUACCUUCACAUGGCAGUGCUAACACUGUACACAAAUCCCAAGGAACCUGAGAAAGUAACUGAGAUAUACCAAUUCAAAUUCAAAUACACAGAAAAGGGAACCACUAUGGACUUUGACAGUAGUAGUACAAGCUUCGAAAGUGGAACAAACAGUGAUGAUAUUAAGAAGGCCUGUUCCCUACUAAUCCGUCAAUUGUAUAUACUGAUGCAGAACCUUGGACCCCUUCCUAAUGAUGUUAUACUUACCAUGAGACUCCAUUAUUAUAAUUCAGUGACACCAUAUGAUUACCAACCCCCUGGUUUUAAAGAAGGGGGUAACUCACACUUCCUGCUGUUUGAUGGGGAGCCAGUGAGCCUUCGCAUGGGCUCAGUCUCCUCUGGCUUUCACAGCAUGAAAGUAAAAGUUACAACCGAGGCCACCAGAAUGCUUGAUGGGGAGAACAGUCCCACUCUGGAGAAUGGCACUACCGAGCUAGCCCAUCAGGGUCUUGACUGUGAUGAGGAAGAAGAGGACGGCAGCAACCAAAACUGGGAAUUGAACCCAGGGACUUCUGUGUGCUUGGCAAGUAUUAUAUCUCCUGUUGAACAAUAUCUCCAGCCUUGA